GCGGUUGGUGAGGAUGGAGGUGUGCGCGGACUGUGGCAUUAUGAGAUCAAUGGAAGCACCGGCUCCGCGGGCCCAGGGCUACUGGAGAGUAUGUGAGAGAUCCCGGGAGAUCCUGGACUUCAGCGAUGAGGUCCUGCUGCUAAUAGUGGGUUACCUGGAUCCAUUUUCCCUGCUCAGAACCGGAGCCACCUGCUACACCAUGCACAGGAUCUGCAGCACUGACAGUCUAUGGGCCAAGCAUUGCACAGUUGUCUUUGGCUCAGGCUUCAGAAGUAGUGACGCAUGCGACUCGCCAAAGAAGGCUUUUAAGCUUCUGUUUAUAUGGAGGAAGGUAUAUCGAAGCCUGCCCUACAAUAAGUAUCUGCAGGAUUUAUUAUUUUCUGGUACAACUCCUAAAGAAUAUUGGCUGCGUUGGCUCACUUUAGAGGAAGUUAUUCCUCUUCCUCCCAUCCAACUUACUGAUCACGAAAUAGAAGACAUUUGGGGAAUUGGUAAAGAUCUUCUGGAUGAAAAGCAUAAAGUUACAGAUGAAUCCCUGGAAGAGACAGAAAAAUUGGUUUACAAAUAUGAAUGGAAGGAGCUCAACAAACUGGCCCUGGGUUAUCAUGGCUCGUUAAUAAAUAUGCAAGAAUUAGUACUUCAGCACGUGAGUGGUGAAUGUCAUGAAGAGUUGGAGGGGCUCUUCAAACAAUACAUGGCUUGUCGGUACCAGUGGCUAUUUUCCUAUUGGCUGUUUGGCCUUUCAAGACCUGUUGCCAAGCAACUGCAGAAACUUUACCUAUGGUGGAAGAGUUAUGACAAAAGAGAGGUGUCCAACUGGGGUGCUGCAAACUGCAAUAUACAAUACAUUGCCUCUCUUCAUCCAAUCACUGUGGACUACUUGAAUGGAAUUCUAGCCAAUGGGGAAGAGCAUGUGGGUAUCCGGAAUGUUGAAAACUACUUCUCAAUGAGCAGAUCUCUUCUAGCCUGGAUUCUGGGCCGCAGAUGGGGUCGCUUUAAACAAAAGAAGGUCUACACAGAAACAUUAGAUGAAGUCUACAAGCUUCUAAAGUUGGAGCUGCAUGUUACUCUAGUAACGCAUGAACAAUUCUGGACACUGGCUAAAAUCUUGUCCUCGAGAAUAUGCAGACUAGAGGAGACUGCUGGCAACUAUGUCAACUGGAAGAUAAUAGGUGCACUGCCAUGCUACAGGAUGUACUUGACAUCUGGAGAUCCUCUGCAUCUGUACCAAAUCAAAGGAUUUCUGUUUAGGAAAAGGCUGAUUAAUGACUGGCUCUUACAAGAAGGCAACAUGUGGGUGAGGCAACUUCUUCCUGACUGUAUCUACCAGCUACUGGAAUAUGAGACCAUUAUCCACGAAGCUGAACUACAUGGGGAUACAUAUGUUGCCUACUUGAGUCGUCUGAUCUGGCUGUAUCUACAUUCUGGCCAUCAGUUGUACAUGGAGGCUACGAAAGGAUUCAUCCUUGAAUUUGCAUAUGCCAGUUUUAAAUCCCAAAUGUUGGAAAAUGGUCAUAUUGUACCACUUUUAGGCUUUUAUCAACCUUUUUAA